AUGGAUCCAUCGAAGCACAUCAGCUCGCCCGCCGUGGUCCUCGGAAAGCGCGCCUGCGGCCCAGGGCAGCUCACAUCCCACAAGAACCAGUGCAUCCGUGAGACACCGAAGAGUACGCAGACAGCUCUGGGUACUGGGGCAUUCGAUGAAAUUGCCGGCUCUGAAGAGGGAAUGUCAGUCGUCAUUGAUGGCGAUGAGAUCAUGUCAACCAUAGCAGUCCCGGUAGUACCUCAGGUUACUGCGCCAGUAGUCACUCGAGUUGCGGAUUCCCAGGGCACUAAGCGGAAGAAUUCCACAGGCGAAGAAAGUGAGGAGCAACGCGUAAGAAAACGACUCCGUGCUGAGCGCAUUGACACCGCAAAGGCAGAGUGGGAAGCCGUAAAAGACGAGGUGGAAGCUUGGUGGCUAUUCAAGAACCCAGAUGGUGAUAAAAAGACACCGUCAUGGGUGAAGCUGGAUGGUUGGAAGCGCAAGCAAGCCGGCGAGGAAAGCAGGAAGAAAGUUUAUGCCGUCCAAAAGUCGACGAUUGAUAAAUGGUUAAGCAAGAAGAAGGACAAUAAAGUACAACCUACGGACUGGCAGACGAGGCUGGAGAUGUGGGAGAAGGCCAACAAGCAGAGAAACUCUAGGCGAGCGGCGACCAAAGCUACUCCUCGUUCCCCAUCACCGGCUCUCGAAGCGGCACCAAUUCCAGAGACUCCAGAUGCCAUCGGGCCGCAGCUUCCAACUCGGACAACAAAUAUGGACAGCGCGGACGAGAUUCAAUACUGGCGACAGCAAAUGUCAGACUCACAAAGGAUCCGAGACGCAUGGACACAUCCUAUGGAUAAAACAUGCAAAAAACCAGAUUUCCCGCGCGACGAAAGCAUAGAAAAAGCUGCUCGAAGAGCAGAUGGCAAGUACCUCUGUGCACACAAGCUCCCCACACUGCAGAGAUGUUGCACACAAGGUCUAGACCGAGAUGCAAAGAAGUGCUCCAUCUUGAAGGAGAUGACCCUUUUCAGGGUGAAGAUGGAGAGAUUGAUCGAGACUGGUCAACUCCACCCAGCUCACAAAGACUGGAUCGAUUGGUACGACCACAGGAUCUCAGAGAAAGAGGGACCUGCGGCCAAGAAACGGAACGCAGUCGACGCUGUGCUCCAAAAUGUGCAGACUGUCUAUGACCAGGCAGAGCGGAAACGUGCGAGAGCUGCCCAGAAGGAUCAAACUCAAGACUGCGCACUUGCAAAAGUUACCCGGAAAGGUCCAGAGAAGGAGCAUUCACGUGAAUUGAGUGAUGACGGAUCAUCAUCCUCUGUUGCUGCGGGCCCCUCUAACCAUGUUGGUGAUAGUCUGCCAGCACCAACAUCAGCAGCUGUAACACCAGCUGAACACGCCAGUCAGGCGCCUCAGAUGGCCGACAUGAGUGCUAUUCCUCAUGUCCAAGUCCCAGUUCAGAAGGCCCCUCAUAAGCCUCUAUCACAGCCAUCCCAGGUCACAAUGACGAAUGUGCAAGCCACUGUCGAGCCUCAGCAGGUCUAUACCCCAUCUGCCAGUCCUGCGCCCAACGAUUCCAAAGUUUCAUUAAGGCAAAUGGCCGAGAAAGCCAUCAAAGACCCCUUAGUUUCCUUUGUUGGCAACUUUGACAUUGGGUUUUCCUUGCGAGAUGUCGGUCAUGAAAAGACUGUUGAUAGGAUCGUUUGGAUCCUCAAGAAAGACCUGGUUACUAAAGAUAAGGCUGUCGAAGUCCCAGGGCUUCUUCAGGAGGCUGAACGGGAGCGCGAGGAGGAUCAUGAUUCGUUAUUCGGUGAUGAAGAGGAUCAUGAUUCGUUAUUCGGUGAUGAGGAUGAUAAUGACAAUGGGCAAUCAUAG